UUUGAUCCUAGGGUCUGGGAUAGGUGUCCUACCUUAUUCUCUAAAAGUAUCCUAGCGCUAGGAUAUCCUAACUUAGGACAAAUACUAGGAUAGGGUCUGACUUGUCCUAAAUAAAUCCUAGACGAAAACAAUAUGGCGUCGUACUUGUUUGUUCAUGCAAUGUUUGGGGGAAAGAAUGACUGUAAGAAGAAUGCCGAAAGGAUAUAUCGUAACCGGACUGCGCCCCUCGAUUUAUUCGACGAUGCGGAGUUGGUUAAUCGAUACCGCCUGUCAAGGCGAGCGAUUCAAGAGGUGAUAGAGCUGUGUCGACCCGAGCUAGAGAGAGCUACACAGCGUUCAAGAGCCCUAAACCCCGAUCUUCAAGUACUAAUAACCCUUAGAUACCUGGGGAAGGGUGGUUUCCAGUCGGAAUUGGCUGAUUUGCACGGGGUUUCACAGCCUACUGUCUCCCGUGCAAUUGGUACCACUGUAGACAUCUUGUCGCGGAAACUAGACCGUAUACGUUUUCCUAAAGAUGCAACCUCACAGCGGGAAGUCAAACAGGUGUUUCACGCACUUGCUGGCUUUCCCAAUGUGCUUGGCUGCAUCGACGGUACUCUAAUUGCAAUCGUCCGUCCACAAGCAUGCGAGGAGGCAGCGUAUGUUUGCCGAAAGGGAUUUCACGCUGUAAACAUCCAAGCCAUAUGCGACGGAGAUCUAAGGUUCACCAAUGUUGUAUGCAGAUGGCCAGGCGCAACACAUGAUAGCUACAUCUUUAAUAAUAGUACAAUUGGAAGCUACCUAGAAGAGUCUGGAGGUAGAAAUGGAUGGUUGCUUGAGAUUCAGGAUAUGCCUGCAGACCAUGGAUGGUCACCCCUGAGCCACCCCCAGACACAAGGAGAGGAGAGAUUUAACUGAGCGCUCUGUAAAACAAGGAACACAGUGGAAAGAGCUUUUGGCCUAAUGAAGUCUCGGUUUCGAUGCCUACACAAGUCAACGGGCUGCCUGCCUUUCAAACCAGACAAGUGUCAUCAGCUCGUGUAUGGUGUGUGCCAGCUACACAACCUGUGUAUCAACCAUCGCCUUCCACCCAUGCCAGCCCUACCUGCAGAGGAUGGCAAUGACCAGCCAUAUGACGGUCCACUUAGAGAUGGACACCAGACAAGGAAACGCUUGAUAGAAAGCACUUUCAACUAACAUAUAUGGCGCUCUCUAUCGAUCUGCAAGCUGUUCCCGCAUGAUGGCCACCUU